UAUGGCAGAACAUAAACCUGAAGAGAGAGCACUUACAGAAGAGGAAAGAUAAAAAUAUGAUAGAGCAGGAUUUAUUGGACAUUAAGUCUAAAAAAGGUAAUAACUUUAAGUAUUACAAUAGAAUAUUAGCAUCCAAUAUCAUAAUUGUCAAUAUGACAGGAAGCAAUACUGAAUUAGCCAAAAAUUUAAUAUUAGCAGGUGCCAAUAUAACCAUUGUGGAUAAUUAGAUAAUAACAGAAAGAGACACAGAUACUAAUUUCAUUUUUACUAAAUAAUUAAUAGGAUAAAAAGUACUCUAUUUAUUGGUUAUCAUUUUUAGAGAGGUUAAAUAGCUUAAGAAGAACUAAAAUUGAUAAAUCCUUUAGUAAAGAUAGAUUGGUUAGAGGAAUUCCCUAAUUAAGAUCAACUUAUUAGAAACAAUGCUAUUGUCACAUCAACUACAGAUUUUGAAGAGAUGAUUAAAUAUGAUAAUUUAUCAAGAGAAAUUAAUAUCCCUUAUUACAAUUUAGUGUGUUGUGGAUACUAUGGUUUUAUGUAUGUUGGUUUAGGAUCUAAAUUUACAUAUGAAAGAGAGAAAAAAGUAAUUUUGUAAAUAGUUUUUGGAAAGAAAUUACAAGAAUAAGAUAGAUAUAAAGAAUUUGAAGAAGUCAUUGCUCAUUCUGUACCAUUAGAGUAGACAUUGAAUUACAAUUAUAAACCAUAAGGAAUGGUUACUAAUAUUAUUUAUUAUUGUAUUUUGAUGAUGAAAAAAGCAUAAGAAAUUCCAGAAUUAAAAGCAUAUGAUCCUUAUUAACCAAAUGAUGAAUUAUUAGAUAAAUUCACUUAAAUAGGAAAGGAAAUAUUUAAAACUGCUAAUGGUAAGGAUGCUACAGAGGAAUAAACAAAAACAUUUAGAGAUUUUGCAAGACUUUAUGGAGUAGAUUAUUGUCCAGUAUAUUCUGUUGUAGGUAGUGUGGCUUCAUAGGAAUUAAUAAUAUCAACAAGUAGAAUUAAUGAACCAGCUUUAAAUUGGUUUUGUUAUGAUAGUAUAUAAUCAUUUGGUUAAGUGGAAGUGAUUUAGGAUUUGUCAUCAUUUAAAAUUAGAGAUUUACCUGAGAGAAAACAAUUGAUUCCAAAAGAAUGA